ACGUUUGCCACGUUCCCGUCGACCUUAAAUACCCCCGCCACGAGUGAGACCCCGCUAUAUCUGAUCCCCGACCGCCCCGUCUCCUCUCACACAGGCGGCGCGCGCGCGUCGGCCGCCGCGGUGAGGGAGGAGAGCGGUUGGUUUGGAUCGGUUGAUGGGGAGAGCGCCGUGCUGCGAGAAGGAGGGUCUGAAGCGGGGAGCGUGGAGCCCCGAGGAGGACCAGCGGCUGGCCGACUACAUCGCGCAGCAUGGCCACCCCAACUGGCGCGCCCUCCCCAAGCACGCAGGGCUCCUGCGGUGCGGGAAGAGCUGCCGCCUGCGGUGGGUCAACUACCUCAGCCCGAACGUCAAGCGGGGCAACUUCACCGCCAACGAGGAGGACCUCAUCAUCCGCCUCCAUCAGUCCCUCGGCAACAGGUGGUCCGUGAUAGCUGCGCAGCUGCCGGGGCGCACUGACAAUGAGAUCAAGAACGUCUGGCACACGCACCUCAAGAAGAUGCUGGAGGAUGGCCUGAAGCCAGCCGCCGAUCACGACGCCGGCGGAUGUGGCCGGCAGAAGUCACGCAAGCAGGCCAAGGCUAGGAGCGCCACCGUCGAUGCUGGCGAGCCGUACAAGUCGCCGCCGGGGCAGUCGAGCAGCGGCUUGACGUGCUCCACUGUGACCGAGUCGGCGGCGACGGUGUCAUCCUCGCCGAGCGAUAACGCCACCAUCACAAGCGCAAGCCACGGUCACCAGCUCAUCAAGGAGGACCGCUUCAGCUCGGAGGCCGUCAGUGACGACAGCUUCCGGUCUUCGACAGACGUGCCGGGAAUGAUAGACCUCGGUGCCAUGGACAACGAUCUGAGCCUGCCAAUGACCUCACCAUCGACGAGGAGUGAUGACCUCGACUUCUGGGUCAAGAUGCUGCAGGAGGCCGGAGACAUAGCAGACUUGCCAAACUUGUAACAGUCCGAAAUUAAGCUUAAUUACCUAGUACUGUAGUAGUAUUGAUAUGAGAUUAGAGUUUUUCUCUUCUUUUUACUCCCCAUCUUCCGGUGAGAAAUUGAGGUGUUUUCACCUUCUUGACGAGGGAAAAAUAAUCAAUACCAGUUGGCAGUCGCAAUA